CGCGAGUGGAAGGUGGAAAGUGUCACCUCCUACCUCCCGCAGAAUUGGGUCAGCGCGCGGAUGUGGGCGAGCCGGUCUGCCGAUCAACAUUACCGUACUUAGACAAAUAUUCAUGCAAUUAAAUUUGCUAUUAAACGAUAUUGAGCUUGCACGACAACCAGGUAAUUAAUAAUACGCUAUUAGCAUAACGUCGAAAUUGACAGAUUACGGUAAUCCAGAUGCAUUAUUAAUUAAAAUGAACGGCUAUUAGGUCGCGUAAGGUUUCCGGCCGUAUAAGGCAAGAAGGCGAGCGCAGGUGGAGCGGUCGGGCGAGAUCUGAAAGCGAUACAGUGCGUGCAGCGGAAGCGCUGAAAUAGCCGCGCGCAUCGGCCCGCGCGCCGAAACUAAAUACCCAAAACCGUCUGACAGCGCGCGCCUGCCAAAUAUGGCACGAAUCUCAAGUUUCCCGCGCGCCCGCUGGCACGCCACCAGCCGCACUGCAAAAACGCUCUCUAUUCCCGUCUAAUGCUCGUGAAAAACACGUAAAAACGUUUUUAUUUCGGUAGCGAGCGGCCUCUAAAUUUAGGCCGUAUGGAAACCGAAAGUAAUACGAGUGAUUUUGGUCCUGAGCGCGUUGUCUGUAUUUAGAUUAUAGGGGCUGGCGGCGGCCGGCGGGCAGUAGGCUCGCGCCUGUCGCGACCUCUGUCUGAUAAGGAGCUGCCGCGACCCGCCGCGUGUGACAGUGACUAGUGAGUGCCGUGCUUAGUGACCACCACAGGACUUGGAUGUCACAGAUGUUACCCGAAGGCGGAGAAGUGAUGCGUCGCGUGGCGUGCGGCGACGUCUGCCCCGCGCCGCCCGCCCCCGCCCCCGCGCCCGCCCUCGCCGCGCCACCAACACAUAGAACCCCAUCAGAGAACAAGGAGCUCCUCCGCCAACAGCUACUCUCAGCCGCGCAGCGCGAGCCGGCGGCGGCGGCGCGAGGGAAGCCCCAGCGGAGCCGACAGAAGAACCGCUGGAAGCUGAAGUUCCACCACCAGGCCCUGCCCCCGGAGUACCUCGACCACUACGAACAAACCUUACAGAGAGACAAACUCAAGGAGAAACAGAAGGAGCCAGAGGCAAACAACUACACCAAUGAAACCUUCAAGAUCUGGGCGCAGAGACUCGCCGGCAUCCAGCAGGAGACUGCAGUGACGCAGCCCAAUAUGGCCAGCAAACCGCACAAAAGUGAAGACAAGAAGAAGAAACCCCCAGCCAUUACCCCGAGCAAAAUAGUCACGUAUGACGACUUGCCGUACAUGGGAGAGAUGACAUUGAACAACUCAAAACCUCGUCGAGGCCGCAAGCCGAAGAAGGCUGAUAUCUGCCAUCUGAUCUAUGAGAACUACGGAACCGUAGUGCCCGGGCAGCCGCCUCCUACGGGCGAUGAUAAACUGAGUCAACUCUCGAUGUGUCCACCGCUGCGAUUAGCCGACCAUCCGACGCCGAAAACCGACUUGCAGAACAAGAUCAUCUCUAGUCUGUUGGAACGCAAGUUGUCGCAAGAGAGCAAGAGGCGGCAGGAGUGUACGCCGGCUAGUCUCAGCAACCCGCACUCGCCGCGGCCGCCCGCGCCGCCGACCCGGGCCGGGCCGCUACACAGCGACCAGGAACCCCUCAACCUCUGCAUCCGCGACCUGACCGACCUCAAGCUGCAGAUACAGAAGAAGUUCGGGAACAUCUACACCUCUCUGCCCGAAGUCAAGACUGAGCCCGAAGAGGACGCCAAAACUGAGCAGCCGAAUGCUAUUUCUGUUAUCCAGAGGAAUACAAAUCGUUUGGCGCCUUCAACAGCUUGCAGCUCGCCAGAUCUUUCCAGAAAGAACACGAGCAUUUCCCCGGCGUUGUCUGAACCAGCGCAGUCUACCGUCAGCUCGGACUCGGAUAAACCACCAGUCUACUGGCCGCAUGCUGGUCUAUAUAUGCACCCGCUCGCACUACAGACUCAGCUGCUUUACUACCAGCGACUCGCCGCAGCCGGGCAACUGCCGUUUUCAAUGGAGAACCAAGCGUCAGCCACAGAGACUUCCUCGUCAGAAAACUCCCCAAACAUCGAUGAGACCAAGAACAAACUGGUACUGAAACAGAUGUCGGAGUUGCUCGAUCCGAAGGUGAUUAAGCAGGCGGAGGAGAAAACGCCAGAACAGAGUAAAAUGAAGCGAGCGUCCCCAAACCCAAGCCAGGGGCCGGUGAAGCGGAAGCGAUCCGCCAUAUUCAUCCCCCCAGUGCCUCCCAAGAGCAACUCAACCACUCCAACAACAGAAGUCAGCAUCUGCAAGUUCAAGUUCACUGGUGGUUCCAAACCGACGCUUCAAGAGAAGAAGAUGCUGUCGGUAGACUCUGGCGGUAACUUCAGGUACUACAGCGGGGCCGGCGCGGGGGGUAAAGCCAGUAACAAGGGGUAUGAGUACAUGCAGCGGCCGCCGCGUGCUGACGUCACCGCGCCGCGCCCCGAGCCGACCGCCAGCAGCGAUGACGUCAGCAAGAAGAAGAGGAAGUCCCGGAAGAGCCUCCAGCGGGAGAAGCUGGAACAGACCUUCAAGGAGAAGGGGUUCCUGAUACAGACGCAGCAGUUACAGUCUGCUGAAGGGGCCACCUACUGCAAGUUCCGACAACUGAGGAAGUUCACGAGGUACCUGUUCCGGAGCUGGAAGGACUACCUGCCGGGCGAGCUCGCGCAGGGGGGUCCCGCGCCCGCGCCGGCGGCGUCCCACGCCGGGGCCGCGCCCGUCGUCGAAGAGUGGUCGUGAAUGUGUGUAGUGUAGACUGUGUAGUAUAAGACGGUGUGGUGUGUUCUCCCGAAGCCAAAGAUAAUGUGGAUUGUUAAGACGGUUUUCGAUGUGAAGUAGCUGAAAAUUGCAUUUAUAAUUAUUAAUUGUUUCGUUGAAUAGUGAGAGGAAAAAAGUGUAUUUGGACAAUAAUUAGAUAGUGAUUUGUAAGUGUUGGAAUGUUCGCUCCGUCCCAAACUGUUUAGUGAAUGAGUCUGCUUUAGCUAAUUGUUUUUUAUUAUUGUAAUUAUGUUUUUAUUUAUUGCGUUUUAACUACAAUUUGUAGAUUAGUAGGGAUAUAGUAUUGUUGUGAGAUUAUGCAAAUUAAUAAGAUAUAAAAAUACUAACAAAACUAGUCAGUCCGCACCUCUAACCUAGAAUAAAUUGUACCUAAUUAUUUAGUUUGUAAGUAAACAAGAAAAUUGUACAUAUACAUUUUUAUACAAGAGUCAUUCUAGUCAUUCGAUGUAAGCCUUUUUAUAUUGUUGUUAUUAACUGUUGUACAGAACACAUAUUGAAAAGAGGAAAUAAAUAAUUUAAUCAAAUGUCCUGUUUUUAUCUUAAUCAAUGGAGGUUAUAAAAUAAUAAAAGAUAGAUAGAUUUACUGUUCAAUAAACUUUAUUACAGAAAAACUGUACUUCGUAACUAAAUAUAUAAAAAAGCAAAAAAAAACAGGAAUGAAAUAACAAACACUAGUUCACCAAUGGGAAGCCCAGUCACUGCAACAAUGGUUUUAUAAACCGUUCAUCUGAUCUUAUGCAUAUAGAAAAUUCUCUUAAACAUUAAACUUCAUAUAAAUGUUAACAAAAACCUUCAAAAAGUUCACUUAUUGUGCGAUUUGUCAUAAUCAUCAUAAGGCACUG